AUGGGCAAGGAGAAGCACCACCGCGACUGGAUCCUCCGCCGCUGCUGCGGCGCCAUCGCCGCCUGCAUCCUCACGCUCUUCGCCGUGGUCGGCUUCAUCAUACUCGUCAUCUACCUGGCGCUGCGCCCCUCCAAGCCGUCCUUCUACCUCCAGGACGUGCAGCUCCGGUCCAUCGACCUCAGCGACCCGACGCUCUCCCUCGACCUCCAGGUGACGAUCGCGUCGCGGAACCCGAACGAGCGUGUGGGCGUGUACUACAAGACGCUGGACGCGUUCACGACGUACCGCGACGAGCCGGUGACGGUGCCGGUGUCGAUGCCGUCGAUCUACCAGGGCCACAAGGACGUGUCGGUGUGGUCCCCCGUGAUGUCGGGCGACGCCGUGCCCGUGGCGCAGUACGUGGCGAACGCCAUGAAGCAGGACAUCGCGGCGGGCUACGUGCUGCUCCACGUCAAGGUGGAGGGCCGCGUCAAGUGGAAGGUCGGCAGCUGGGUCUCCGGCGGCUACCACCUCUUCGUCAACUGCCCCGCGAUGCUCGCCACCAGCGGCAGCGCCUUCGCCGGCGGCGCGUUCGCCGCCAGCGCCGCGUCGGGGGUCGGGGUCCCCGCUGGCGUCAACACCACCGUCUCGCUCAAGUUCACGCACCCGGCUGACUGCACUGUCGACGUGUGA